GAUUGCGGCCGUGCAGAUAGGCGCUUUGCGAUAAUUUCAAGCCUCCCUAGACUUUUACAAGUCGCUCCCUGCACCGAGACGCGCCAUUCGAGGAGCAUCGGCAGCGUACUACCAACACUGCACGCAACAGUUGGAGCAUCGCGGGGGGCGCCCACCGAAGUGUUGCGAAGACGCCGAGAUCCGCUGUCAUUUGAGGCGUCGCCCGCCAGACUUAAUGCCAAGUCGCCGCUGCUGCUGCUGCUUUCCUUCGCUUUCGCCUGCCUUCGAGUCACGUGGAUCGAGAUUCCGAUGACGUCGUGUUCGUGACGAGUCUCGAAGGGGGGGUGAUCGGAACGCGUGGCCCGGCAUCCGAACGUGCGUGCGUCACUUGAAGGCGGCGAGUGUGAAACUGGAUCCAUUUCGAAACUUUGCUUACGCCGGGCGACGAGAACCCAGAACUGGAACGGCGUCAUGGCUGAGUUGAAACGUUGUGCUUCGCUUUUGCUUUGCUUUCUCGUCACUUCUGCGGUGACGACGUAUGCUCGGCAUGCUCAACCGGUGUCCAGCCGGUCGGACGGUGCGGGUAUCGCCGAGCUCCAGGAGGUGCCUACGGGCGAGAGGAGGAUGGCGAGGACGGCGUCGCUGAUUCGACAGACCCUUCACCGGCCGUCCGGCGCGGUCCCCAGGGGCAUCGUCGUUCUCGUCCCCGACAGGUCCACGGCGAAGGAGUACGAGGACUACUUCAAGAGUGCCUACCGGUCGCUCCUGGUUGGCCGAGCGUUGGACUCCUUGACCCGCCAUUCGCUGUCGAGGAAGAACGUCACGCUGACCACCAGCACUGCUCUGGCUCGCGCUCUGCAAAGCCACUCGCUGACGCUCGACGAGCUAGCGCUGAUCGUGGCCGAUGACGCCGACUCCCUUUUCACCGGCGCAGCGCUGGACGCGGACGUCAUCGGAUCGUUGGUGUCAUCCCUAACUCCGAGCUCACUUAAGAUUGUAGGCUUUACGAGGCCUGGCUGGACGAUGCCACAGCGAAGACAAAGGGAGGAGCCUCCAACGUCCUCGGCGACGUCUGCACCAUUCGGUCUGGACGCGGCUGCCAAGUCAUCGCUCCGCUUCCCCCAGCGGCUCGUGGACGAGAAGCUGUCUUCGUACUCGUUUCGGGACCGUGACCUCCUUCUGCGCGCCCUGCUCCACCCAUCCAAGGCACGCCGCAUCGGUUCCAACGUCUCGUACCGGCCGCUGGACUACGUGGGACAGUUCGCCCUCGAGUUCGUUCUCUUGCGAGACAUGGUGAAGAACGGCACCCUUAAGAGCAAUCAGGAUCUGCACGACACCAGGAAGCGGCUGCUCCGCCAGGAGGCGUUGGCGCGUGUGGCAGCACUCAAUGGUCUCGACCACUACGUCUUCCUCGACGAAGGGCCCGAGAAGACGUCCAUGACUACGUACGCUAACGUGGCGAGGUCUCAGGCCUCAUCACCCGGAGCGACCGACAACAAACAGAACAGCUUCCUCCAUAACUUUCUUCAGUCUGUGGCUGGUGCAGUGUACAUCGACAGCGGUUACGACGUCGACACGAUUGAACGCAUCUUUUUGAAGUUCUUCAAGCCGCACCUAUAGUCGACCUUGUCACCCACUUUGCCCGACUGGCGCUCUGCAUACAGACUCUUGGCAGAACGAAAGUGCCGGACUGUGUUUUAUUACUGCAGGACAAGCUAUUUGGCUGUUCGCUGCAUUGUCGAGUGAUGAAGGUGUCUGCGCAUACAGGUACUCGGACAAGACGGUCGAGACAAACCUUAAGCAUUACUUUUCUCCAGCUCUAACAAAAAUAAAACUAAUAAUAAUUAUAACUGGAAAAAUACUUGCUAAUGAAGAGCAACGUCUUCGAUCACAAGAAGAUUUUUUGUGUUUUUUUUGUGCAGUGUUGUAACGCAAACUCCCUGCCAUGUGUGCACAUUGCUGUACACCUGGGACGGCAAAGCUGCAUAAAGGAACCUGUAGCUUUUAGUUGGCCUCAUUUACCGAAUUGAGUGAAUAAAGAUUGAUUGAUUGAUUGA